AAAAACUUUGAAUUGUGGCAGAUGUCAUAUUGAUAAAAUCGAGAAAACUGCGCCUGAGCUUCUAACAACUCAAUCAUUAUACCAUAACCGGGGACUGAGUAAUAUUUAACUGUCAGCUUUCGACAUAAAUAACCACGGUCUGUACUACAAACGCCAGAUCUCGUCACACCGUUCAUCAACAUGAACGCGGGGCUACUCGAACAGUAAUUUCUCCAUCACACUUUUCCGCGAUGGAGAGAAACUUCACACCUUCAGACAACUUUCUGGGAGAUAAUCAAACGAUUCGAAAUGAAUCGUCGAUGGCACGGUGUGGUGUUGGUCAACUUCCAGUUGAAUGGAAUUACGUUCACGAAGUGUUUACUUGUGUUGGAAUACUACUGACAGUGUUAAGCUGUGUUGGGAAUUCUGUAACCAUCGUCUUCAUAAGAAAAACCUCCGUACUUCAUUCGCCAACAUUUACUUGCAUCGCAUGCCUGGCGUUUUCCGAUAUGGUGGCUGCAAUCUUUCGAUUUCUUAAAUUUCGCUCACACGCCAUUUUUGUGAUGAUAAGUGGAUGUAAUAACCGACAGCGAUUCGUCUUUGAGGAUUCAAUUUCUGUUUUAUCGUUUUUGACGCUGAAUUCCUCUUAUUUCCAUCUCACAAUGUUGUCGGUAGUGAGAUACAGAUUGAUUUCCCGCCCUUUUAAAACAUAUGUUGGUCUGACCUGCAGGACUGUGUUACGAUAUUCAGUCGUCUGCUGGGGACUAGCUCUUAUCGCCAGCAUUGUUUAUGGCGCCAAAGUUUUAACAAAAACUUCGGAAAUCUUUGGUGGUCAACAGGCAACACGAGAUCCGAAUGCACGCCAUGAUGGCGGUGAUCUCCAUCACAACAGUUGUGUGCAUCGUACCGAUCGCUGGGUUACUGCUUCACAAAACUAUCGGACACGCUAGUCACACCCUCAGCAGACGACAAAUGUUCAUUGAGAGUCAGCUGUCGCAGGUCUGUCUGGCGCUGAACCAUGCUGUGCACCCGCUGCUAUACUUUGUGCUGUCUGAACUUAUGAAGACGAGGCUCCGACCCUCUCAAAAUGACGUCAUUAAGAAAAGUUUACUGGCUCACAAACACUCAUUAAAGUUUGGUUAAAGAUUAAAGAAAACUUAUUUAUUGAAAUUAUCUAAUCUGGAAAUGAUGUAUUUGACCUUUUAUUAAGAGAAUCAUUUUCCAUUACAAAAUGUUAUGCUUAAUUCAUUCUUCAUUUAUGAUAUGAAAUAGUGAAAUAGAAUUAAAAUCUAUUGAAAAUGAA